CUCUCACGGUAUUUGCGAUUGCGAGAAAAAAAUGAAAGAAUUGAAAACCAUCCAAGUACACCGCUCAAACGCCCCGAAGAAGCUCCCAUGCGCCCGCGCGCUGAUAACGCCAGUCUGAGAAUCUGACUCCCGAUUCCCAUUCCGAUUCUAUUCCGUUCCGAAUCCACGAAAACUGAGUAGCUCGGGCAAUUAUAUUUAUAUAGCGGGCGCCGUCGUAGCUCAGAACAAAUAAUACACAGCUCUCGAAGCGUGAACGUCGUCGAGUUUCAGUUUCCGCCUUGAAAAAUCAAACAAAACAAAAACGCCUUUCGUUUUCGCUCUCAAUGUGUGUCUUGAAAACCGGGUUCUAAAUUGAAGAUUCGAAAAGUCAAUAACAACAUAAUAAAAGCAAUCGAUAUGGAGGACAAGCGGGCAAAUGGCGAUACCAGUUCCUGUAAUGGACACUCCAAGAAGAAGGACGUUCGCGUUUGGUGCGACGGAUGCUAUGAUAUGGUGCACUUCGGGCACGCCAAUUCGCUGCGACAAGCCAAGGCUCUUGGCGAUAAAGUAAUUGUGGGGAUUCACACCGACGAGGAGAUCACCAAGCACAAGGGACCACCUGUCUUCACCGAGGAGGAGCGUGUCAAGAUGGUCAAGGGCAUCAAAUGGGUGGAUGAGGUCGUCCUCGGAGCUCCGUACGUCACCACACUGGAGGUCCUCGACCAAAACAACUGUGAUUUCUGUGUACAUGGCGAUGAUAUUACAAUGACUGCGGAAGGAGUGGACACAUAUCAUUUGGUCAAAUCAGCCAAUCGCUAUAAGGAAGUCAGACGCACAGCUGGCGUUUCGACCACCGACUUGGUUGGCCGCAUGUUGCUCCUGACACGAAACCACUUCCGUCAAGGAUCCGCCGAAUACGACAUCGAGAAAGAAGUGAAAAUUUUAAAAAAACAAAUGAAAUCUCAUCCAGGUUCUUCGAACAUGGGCCAAGAUUCGGCAGCCAAAAGUCCAUGGACCGGUUGCAGUCAGUUCUUGCCAACUACACAGAAGAUUAUUCAGUUUAGCGAUGGCAAGUCACCGAAUCCUGGCGAUAAGAUCGUUUAUGUAGCUGGCGCCUUUGAUCUGUUCCACGUUGGCCAUCUCGACUUUCUGGAGAAGGCGAGAAAACUGGGCGACUAUCUGAUUGUUGGCCUGCACACAGAUCCCGUGGUGAACUCCUACAAGGGCAGCAACUAUCCAAUCAUGAAUCUGCACGAGCGCGUUUUAAGCGUUUUGGCCUGCAAAUUUGUCAAUGAAGUUGUAAUUGGAGCUCCUUACUGCGUAACCGAGGAGUUGCUGGAACACUUCAAAAUCGAUGUCGUCUGCCAUGGACGCACACCCAUUGCGCUGGAGGACGGAAAGUGCGAUCCGUAUGCCAUACCCAAGACGCGAGCCAUCUUCGAGCUAAUCGACUCCGGCAACGAGAUGACCACCGAGCGAAUCGUGGAGCGCAUCAUCUCACAUCGACUGGAGUACGAGCGACGCAACCAGGCCAAAGAAAAGAAGGAAAUCGAGGCCUUUGAGGCUCUUCAACGCCAAAAGCAGACCCAAAAGGCCGGCUAGCCGGAACUAGAUUCCGACUUCUCACACUAGACGGAUGUUUUUAUUUAUAUUUUAGUUGCGUUUUUUUAGUUUGUUUCGUUCAGUUGUCAGCUUUUAAAUAAUGGCGAUUUUGGUUUGUUGCGUUCAAAGCGAUCCGACUGCUGCCAAAUCGCGCCGUGAGGCCAUCAAAUUUUUUAACUGGCCCCGACCCAGCGGAAAGCUCGCUCGUUUUCUAGUACAAUUUUUAAACUGCUGCGGGUCGCACAGGCGGCUCUUAGCAAGCCUUAUUGAUAUCAAGUUAUAUACAUCUAUAUAUAUAUAUUUGUAACACCCUAAUAUAGCAUAUUUAAAAUCUAAAUUUUAUGUAUGUAAGCUCAAAAUUUGUAAAUUCUACUUUCUAUGUAUGUAAGUGUUGUGAAGCAAAUUCAAGUCAUGAUUGAAAUAAUAACUACAAAAUUGUACGAAAUAUAUGUAAGGCGAAUAGCAAAGAUACACUGUGACAUGUUAUCCAAAAGGCGAGGUUGGCGAGAGCGAACUUCGUAUGAAUUGUAUAUAAAGUACAGCAAUGUAACGCGAGUAGGAUGUCCGGAUCAGGAAAUAGCUGCUUUUAUCAAAUGUAAUCUCCGAUACUUUGUCCUUAUUUAUUAACGCAUAUGCUAAGUGCAAGUUCAAGUUUUAUGUUUCAAUGUUUAAUCUUAGACUAAAUACAAGGCCAAAAAUAUUGCAAACUCCAA